AUGUUAAACACAGAAAGACUGCUUUCGUGGGUUAUUAUUGUCGAAUCUUCACUCGUCUGCAUUGGAAAUGUCGUUACCGUGUUGGUGUUUUGGAAACAGCGAGUUUUACUAAAGCGGGCGUGCUAUCUGUUACUCAAUCUCGCUUUUGCCGAUUCACUCGUGGGAGCAACAGAACUGAUACAUGCAGCUAUUCACGAAAGAGCGUUUUCUGGGAUGGUGUUUUGGAAACAGCGAGUUUUACUAAAGCGGGCGUGCUAUCUGUUACUCAAUCUCGCUUUUGCCGAUUCACUCGUGGGAGCAACAGAACUGAUACAUGCAGCUAUUCACGAAAGAGCGUUUUCUGGGAGUCCUUUAGGGAUAUUGGGUGCGCUGUUUGCGAGUGUUUCGCUCCUGUCCCUGGUUUUGAUUGCUUUGGAGCGAGCUUACGCCGUUCUUUGGCCGUUUCGUCACAGAGUAGCAAGCGCUCGAAACUACAUCAUCAGUAUAGUUUUGGUCUGGAUAGGAGCCGUGUGCUUGACAAUGAUGCCUUUAACAUCACUUCAUCUCGCUGGCAAAGACGGCAGAUUGCCUUCAUAUUUACUCGCAAACACAGUGAUUCUAAUUUCACUUUGCCUGAUAAUAGUGGCAUAUCUGGCAAUAAGGAAACGGUUAAGAAGCACAAAUCAUACAUUCGAAGCCCAUUACCGAAAAAGCUUCAAACAGAACGUUAAUUUAUCUAGAACAUUAUUUCUUGCCGUCGGUUUGUCCAUUGGACUUUGGCUUCCAGCAACCGCUACUUACACUGUCCUAGCCUUUCACGAUAAACAGCCGUUUACUGAUAACAACGUCCUAAUUUUUAUGGCUACAAUUCUAUACCUUGGCAACUCACUUGUUAAUCCUAUCGUUUACAGCUGUAGAAUGCCUAUGUUUAAGGCAGCAGUGAAAAAAAGUUUUGAAACAUGA